AUGCUUAGUUUAAUCAUGCAUCUCACUUCCUAUACCAAUAAAUCGUCCAAGGAAAACACGAAUAUUCAGGACCUCGCUCGGAGGAAACGCCAUACAUGCAAAGCCCACGAUCAGCGUCAACCGGUCACGGCAAGCUCCAGGGAAGUAAGGAGAGGGCUUUCUCUGGAAAGGAUGCAAGGAGCCAGGCCAGCCAGGAACGCCUCGUCACCACGCCCACGGGGAUACAAAUACAUCAACAAGGAGUUUCACACCUUGUUCGACGUCCCUGAGAAAUGCUGCAGCCUCUGGGACGUGGAGAGAUAUAACUGCCUCAGGCAUCCGAUCAACCCGCCCAAGGAAUAUUACCAAAAGGAGCUCGAAGCUGCGCACCUCUAUCUAGCCCGUGCUUACAAGGUGGAUCUCUUCGUCCACCGCAAGCGCUGCCAGAGGGAGGACAAGGCCCUCCAUGCGGAGCGCCGCAGGGAGCUCGGGCUCCAGAGUCUACCCGAGGCUUGGGAUUUCCCUAACUACCGGCCCCAGACCCGGGGCGAAAAGAAGGCGCUUCUCGGGAAGCUCUGCGUCUUCCACUGGCUCAGCUACGACGCCUGGUAUAUCUUCCACGACAAGGGUUGCUUCGUCUGCAGGGCCGCGCUGGCCCGCGAGCAACAGGAGGAGAGGCACAAGCGCAUCUACGAGGACUACAGGGCCAAGCACGCCGCGGCCCUGCGGGACGUCAAUGAGCGCAUGGGCUGGGAGCUGUUCUCGUGCCCGCCGCCUCCCGAGGAGCCGAUGAUCGAGUAUGGCCCCAGUGGGCGCGUCGUCCUCCGUGUUACGGACUGGGCCGAGAACGGGAGGGGCCUGCCUGGUAAUGUAAUCGGGAAAGCCAGGGCCAGGGCUAACAAGGCCGACAAGAAAAAGCGGCAGGUAUGGGCGCGCAUGAGUGGUGAAGUUGGAGGUAUCCUGUCGUCGCCGUGUGCCUCGGGCAGUUCGCUGGGUACCAUUGUGCAGGAGGAGUGGGAGGAGGAGGAAGAGGAAACCAAUGAUUAG